GCGGCCGAAGGCCGCGCUGCGAGCGUCGGCGGCCGAAGGCCGCCGACGCGAGCCGCCACCAAGGGUUGGAGAAAAGAAAGAACUGGAAACUAAACAGGAAGAAUGAGGGAGGGAGAGAGCUUAUAUAGCUGGAGAGGGACUCAUGCUCUCUCUCUCUCUCUCUCGCUCUCUCUCUCCUCUCUCCCGCCACCAAGGGUUGGAGAAAAGAAAGAACUGGAAACUAAACAGGAAGAAUGAGGGAGGGAGAGAGCUUAUAUAGCUGGAGAGGGACUCAUGCUCUCUCUCUCUCUCUCUCUCUCUCUCUCUCUCUCUCUCUCUCUCUCUCUCUCUCUCCCUAUCUCUCUCUCUCUCCUCCCUUCACCCUUCGCUGCCUCCGCCUUGAAUAGGUGGGUGGGAGGCAGUGAGCUGGCAGCAAAGCUAGCAGUGGAGAGGGGCGCAGCGCUCCAUGCACAAUGUGCUCCUGUCCUCCUCUCUGCUUUCAUGUUCUCUCACCCAGGCCCCACCUCGAAUAGGUGCGGGGCAGUGUGCUGGCAGUUAAUCCGGCAGCAGAGAGGGGCGGAGCGCCAUCUUCCUUCCUCAUUGCCCCCUUCCUCCUCUCUCCUCUCGCCUCCUCUCCCCUCCUGUUUCCUCCACUCCCCCUCUCCCUGCCCCCUCUUCGAACAGGUGGGGGGCAGUGUGAUGGCGGCUAAGCUAGCAAUGGAGAGGGGCGCAGCAGUGAACGUGGGAGGGGGGCUGCACCACUGCAGCCGGCACAGGGGCAUGGGAUUCUGCGCCCUUGCUGACAUCUCAGCCGUCGUCACCUUUGCACGCGCGUUCCUGGGAGUCAAGAGAGUGCUCAUAGUGGAUCUGGACGCACAUCAGGGCAACGGGCAUGAGACCGACUUGAUGGGCGACGUCGAUGUGUUCAUAGUGGAUGUGUACAACGCAGGCAUCUUCCCACAGGACCAUGAAGCCAAGGCGGCCAUUCGCAUCGCCAAGGAGCUCAGAAGUGGCACGGGCACGAGACACUAUCUGGAUGUUGUCGCACAGGCACUACAGGAGGUGUCAGCAUCGGUGUUCAGAGCAGAUCUGCUCGUCUACAAUGCCGGCACGGACAUCCUUGCCAACGACCCCCUGGGCAGACUGGCGGUGUCGGCGGAGGGAGUGCAGCAGCGGGACGAAAUGGUCUUUCAGUUCGCCAAGGACCAUUCACUGCCCAUCGUCAUGCUCACAUCCGGAGGGUACCAGCCCAACAACGCGCGCAUUGUGGCCGACUCACUCGCCAACCUCUCAGCCAAGCACCUGCUGCCUCUCCAAGUCCCCCCUGCACCCUAUUGAUUGCCACAACCUGCUGCCGUCCUCAUCUGCCGUCCUCUGCUGCCGUCCUCUGCUGCUGUCCUCCGCUGUUACCCUCACCUGCCUUCCUCACCUGCCUGCAAGCAGGCGUCCUGUACUUACCCGACAUGCAUGGUGUGUGAAAGAAAACAGUGGAACCUGCAGCUCCCCUGUGAGCCGUGCUGCCUUGUCAAACAUGGUCUGUUUCGGGGCACAAUGCCACCUGACAAGGGCCUGCAUGGCGAGCAGUGAGCACGUUGAUUAAACAUACACCAGGUGUAUACCAGGAUCUCUAUGGCGUAAACCUAGAAAUAUGUAUAUA